AUGAUCUUUCAAGAGACGAUAUCCUCAGAAACUCCGUUGGCCGAAACUACCCGAGCCAUUUUCGCCUUCAUCAACACCUUCAUCAAGACGUGGGACCGAUCCGCAACGAAAAGUCUGCCCCAAUAUAACAUGACGCGCAUUUGGGUGAGGGCUCCCCUGAAGCGGGGACAGACACCUUCAUCUCUCAACUCGGCUCAACUCAGCGCGGCUGUUCUCAAUUCAGUUCGACGAACGAUUCUCUUUCAGAGAACAGGGAAAUAA